CAUGCUACGAGCGUGAUAUGUUAAUUGUAUUUUUGUAUUGAACUGUCCGACUGAAGUUUGUGCAGGAUGUAACGCUUGAUGAAGGAUUCUUAUACGAAGACAAUAACGUUGUUUACUCUAAUCUGUCAUUAUCGUUUGAACAAACUGAAUUGUUUUAUAACUACAGUGUGAUAAUUUUAUUUGUGAACCCAAGGACAUUUAAACAACUGUCGGCAGCCUGGAACUCUACGAGGUUAUUUAUGGCUAAAACAUACCUGGCGUUCAUUGUAGAUGGGCUUACAAAUAAAAUGAUCGUUCUGUACGUACACCGGAACCAGUUCAGUAUGCGGAGUGUUGCACCGCAGUGGUUAGCACUCAACUUCUUUGAAGUUUGCAACCGGGACACCAACUGUUGUGACAAAAUUUUGUUGUCAAUGGCGGCAAAUACUGACACAGUACCUGGUAAUGGACCACGUCUGCUUCCUUGUACUUCAUUCUUAUAUCAUUUUGCCAUCAUUAAUUCAUCGCUACAUAGUCGAAGAAGCUGACAUGACAUCGCUAAAUAAAUCGCGAAACAGUGGUUUUAAAGCCCUAGGAGCUCACCUAGAUAAUCAACCGUAAUCUAUAUAAUUUUAUGAGACAAAAUGGCUCCACAACAAAAGACAGAAGUGCAAGCUGUUCCUGAUUAUAUUCAGGCUGGAAUCCGACUAGCACAUCCACCCCCUGGAGAAGAGGUUGUCAUCUCAGGUGUGGCUGGCUAUUUCCCUGACUCAGGAAAUGUAUACCAUCUCCAGGAUAAUCUGAUGAACAAAGUGGACAUGGUGACAGAUGAUGAUCGGCGCUGGAAGCUGGAUCAUCCUGAGAUACCCCAGAGGACAGGGAAGAUUUUGGAUGUGAGCAAGUUUGAUGCAUCAUUUUUCGGUGUCCACUUCAAACAGGCACAAACCAUGGACCCAAUGUGUCGCAUGCUGCUGGAGAAAACGUAUGAGGCCAUUGUUGAUGCAGGUAUAAAUCCUCGACACUUAAAUGGGCUGGAUGUGUGGAUGGAUGGGCAGAUUUUAUAA